CAGCGCGGGAGAUGUGAGCGAGAGGGCGCAGAGUAAAGAGAAUUACCGCCAAACUAAAGCUACACUCUGUAUCUGAUUGUCCUCCUGAGAGCAUCAUGCCUUGUGAAAGGAAGCCCAUGCGUUAUGGUCACUCCGAAGGCCACACCGAUGUCUGCUUUGACGAACAGGGAAAGUGUAUUGUGACCUGUGGGAGUGAUGGUGAUGUGCGCAUAUGGGAAAGUCUAGAUGACGAUGAUCCUAAGUCCAUAAACGUCGGGGAGAAGGUCUAUUCUGUAGCCUUGAAGAAUGGAAAGCUGGUCACGGCAGUUUCCAACAACACUGUUCAGAUUCACACUUUCCCUGAUGGAGAUCCAGACGGCAUUCUCACUCGAUUCACCACCAACGCAAACCACGUUACCUUUAACAACAGCGGCUCAAGGGUGGCUGCAGGUUCGAGUGACUUCCUGGUGAAGAUGGUGGAGGUGGCCGACAGCAGUCAGCAGAAGACCUUACGUGGACACGAUGCUCCUGUCCUCAGUGUGGCUCUCGACCCCUCUGAUGAGUUCCUGGCUUCCUCCAGCUGUGAUGGAUCAGUGGCUGUAUGGUCCAUUGAGUCGCAGACUCAAGUAGCUCAAUGGAAAGUUCUCCAGAAGUCAAGUGAUGUUAGCAAUGCAAAGUCUCUCUGCAGACUAGCAUGGCAGCCUCGUUCUGGAAAGCUGCUCGCCGUACCGGUGGACUUGACAGUUCAACUGUAUGACAGAAACACAUGGACUCAUGUCAGCACGCUCUCCGAUGACCUCAUCACACAGGUUGUUAAUGUUGUGGUCUGGUCUCCGUGUGGGAAGUUUUUGGCUGCAGGAACAGUUGGAGGAAACCUGCUGAUUUGGGAUGUUGAUGCCAAACUGUGCAUUGACAGACAGAAACAUGAGAAAGGUUUCACUGUGUGUGGGAUGGCUUGGCAUCCCUCCGGAGGCCGGAUCGCGUACACUGACACUGAGGGCUGCCUCGGCCUGCUGGAGGGAGUGACGUCGUCAUCUUCUACUGUCCAGAGCUCCAAGGCCUCUGCAGCCAAAGAAGCGAAUGACUAUGAUGACCUGUUUGAUGAGGAUGACGACCGCAUGCUGGACGAGGGCAUGAGUGACUCUCGGUCUCCUGUAAAGAAGCCCAUCAUGGAGGAUGAAGACGACGACGACGACGAUGAUGACCUCAUGCCGGCAACAGGCAGAGCACGAAACAGAGGCUCCUUCCUUGAUGAUGAUGACAAUUCACAAGAUCCAGGCUCUGUAAAACUGGAUAGACUUCCUGAAGAGGAGGGCAACAGUGCUGUUCUUCCUGCUGUGGCUCCGGUAGUGUCACGUCCCGUAUAUGAUGGUCCCAUGCCUACACAACCACAACGGGCUUUCCAACCGGGAUCCACCCCAGCACACCUCAUGCACCGCUUCAUGAUGUGGAACUCUGUGGGUAUCGUCCGUGGCUAUAAUGAUGAUCAGGACAACGCGAUUGAUGUGGAGUUUCACGAUACUGCCAUCCAUCAUGCCAUGCAUCUCACUAACACUCUGGGCCACACCAUGGCUGAUCUGUCCCAGGAGGCCGUGCUGCUGGCCUGUGAGGGAACUGAUGAGCUCGCAAGUAAGAUCCAGUGUUUGCAUUUCUCCUGCUGGGACACUCAUAAGGACUGGAUGGUGGAUCUGCCUAAAGGAGAGGACGUGCGUGCGUUGUGUUUGGGUCAAGGCUGGGCCGCAGUGGCCACCAGUGCUUUGAUGGUCAGGCUGUUCUCCAUUGGCGGUGUGCAGAAGGAGAUCUUCAGUCUGCCUGGAGCUGUGGUCUGCAUGGCGGGACACGGCGAGCAGCUCCUCGUAGCGUAUCACAGAGGUACUGGGUUUGAUGGAGAACAGGCUCUUGGUGUUCAGCUGCUUCAGCUCGGCCGAAAGAAAAGGCAGGUCAUCCAUGGAGAGCCAUUGCCUCUGUCUCGGAAAUCCUACCUGGCCUGGUUGGGCUUCAGUGCGGAGGGAACACCGUGCUGUAUUGACUCUGAGGGUGUUGUGCGUCUGCUGAACCGGACUCUGGGAAACACAUGGACUCCUGUCUGCAACACCAGAGACACCUGCAAGAGCAAAUCAGACCAUUACUGGGUUGUUGGAGUUCAUGAGAAUCCACAGCAGCUCAGGUGUAUCCCAUGUAAAGGCUCUCGGUUCCCACCCACUCUACCUCGCCCUGCUGUGGCCGUCCUGCCAUUUAACAUGCCUUACUGUCAGACCACCACAGAGAAAGGCCAAAUGGAGGAGCAGUACUGGCGGUCCAUGCUCUUUCAUAACCACUAUGGCUUUCUGUCGUCCAGUGGUUAUGAAAUUGACAGCGAGAGUCAAGCUCAGGCUGAGAAAGAGCAGCAGGAACUGCUAAUGAAGAUGUUCGCUCUGUCGUGUAAACUGGAGCGUGAGUUUCGCUGUGUGGAGCUGGCAGAGCUGAUGACUCACAGUGUUGUGACGCUCGCAAUCCGUUACGCAUCUCGAUCCAGACGCAUGGCCCUGGCACAGAGACUCAGUGAACUCGCCCUGGAAAAAGCCAAUGAGCUGCAGGAGGAGGAGCAGGAAAACGAGGAGCCAGUCUAUCAGAGUAGAGAAUACAGAGCAUCCAAUCAGAUGAAUAGUAGACAAGAACAAGAGGAAAACGGCUGUGAGGAGGAGGAGGAGGAGGAGGUUGAGGAGGAAGAAUAUCCACAGGAAGGGCAGAUGGAUGCAGAGGAAUCAACAGAGACCAAGAAAAAAUUUUUAAAUCCAUUCAAAAAAGGAGAAAAGUCACCUGAAAAGCCCUCUCCUAAACCAGUGAGCAGAGAAGGACGUGCGAACCCUUUUAAGGUAUCCAGUGCAGGGAAGUCCUCAGGUUCUCCAGCUGGUCAGCCCAGAACGACUAAUGUUUUGGACAGCAUGACGAUGUCUAGAAAACCUGCAGCUUUCAGCGGAUCAUCAAAACAGACCAAAGCCCCAGUCCUGAAGCCCUUGGCACCCAAACCCAAGUCCAAGACGCAGGCCACUCUGCUGCAGAUGAGUGCCUCUAAAGGAAACAGUAAGAAACUGGAGGACAGCCAAUCAGAAGCAGAGAAAGUCAAACCGGCUCCUGUUGCUGCUACUCCUCCAGUGUCGAAGGAGAACACUGAGAACAGAAAGCCCAAAACCGGCUUUCAGCUGUGGCUUGAGGAGAAUAGGAAAAGCAUUCUUGCAGACAAUCCUGACUUUGAGGAAAUGGAUGUUAUCAAGGAAGGCAUGGGGCGUUUCCGCACCUUGUCGGCAGAGGAAAGACUGAACUGGACUGAGAAAGCAAAGGGUGACUCUGACCCCAAGAAACGAAAACGUGAAGAUGAAGAUGAAGAAAAAGCAGGUGAACAAAUGGAGUCUGAUGAGGCCAGUGCCAAAAAGAAAAAGCCACUGGAUACUUCUGCUAAACUCUCAGCAUUUGCAUUCAACAAAGAAUAGUACUUAGUUUAACGCUUGUAUAUUUUUUUACAUCUUAUUUUAAUAUUGAUUGAGGGGUUACAAAGAAAACUUUUAAAAGUUUUUGCCUACUUACUGUAAUUCUGUCUGCUUAUUCUGUUAAAUAAACUAGCUGCUCAUUCAUAAUCCACUCAUUCCGUGUAAAUUUUCUCGAGGUUGAGCUCUUUUGAAAGCAGGUCAUGUCUGGCUUCAUUUGCAUUUGAAAUGAAGCAAGAGGCCCUUUCUUAAACAAUUUUCAAUACAGCAGAAUGGUUGAUAACCAGAUCCCAUUUCUGAAUCCAGUAGUCUCUUCUCCUGUGUAUUUUUUGCGAUGAAUUGUACAUAUAAUUUUGUGAAGUUUUGUACAAAUGAUCAUAAUAAAAUAUUAAAAACAUCAAA